AUGGUCCUGGGUCGACUCGUACACUACGCGACUGAUGCGUUGCUCGUAUCGACGGUGCUCGCCGGCAUCAAGCGUCAAACCGGCCUCCAACCCGAUAUCGGCCGCAUCAGCGAACCUACCACAAGAGGUCUGCUCGAGAAGUACCUCGGAUUUGGCGAGUUUGUCUUUGACAGCAGCGUCGCGGCAGCACGUGCUUCUUCGUUGUUCCAGCGCGACCUCACGGACAAGUUUCAGCCUCGACCGAAUGCCUAG